AUGUCAAGAAAGCCAUGUUGUGUGGGAGAAGGGCUGAAGAAAGGAGCAUGGACCGCGGAAGAAGACAAGAAACUCAUCUCUUACAUUCAUGAACAUGGCGAAGGAGGUUGGCGUGACAUUCCCCAAAAAGCUGGACUAAAACGAUGUGGAAAGAGUUGUCGAUUGCGUUGGACGAACUAUUUGAAACCUGAUAUCAAGAGAGGAGAGUUUAGCUACGAGGAGGAGCAAAUUAUCAUCAUGCUUCAUGCUUCCCGUGGAAACAAGUGGUCGGUCAUAGCUAGACAUUUGCCUAAAAGAACAGACAACGAGAUCAAGAACUAUUGGAAUACACAUCUCAAAAAACGCCUUAUUGAUCAAGGUCUUGAUCCCGUGACCCACAAACCACUUUCCUCUAAACCUAGUCCGGGCACGCCCAAGAGUUCUGACUUCCAAGAUGAUGACUCAACCCCGAGUAACCCGGAUGAGCAAUCGCAAUCGGAUUCCACGUCUGCAAAGUCUCUUCCUCCUUCAAGUUCGUGCAAUCUACCGGAGAUAAGCAGCAGCGAGAAGACACCGAAAAAUGAUGGUUCCUUGAGCUCCAAGAAACGUUGCUUUAAGAGAUCUAGUUCUACAUCAAAGCUCUUAAACAAAGUUGCAGCUAGGGCUUCUUCCAUUGGAAAGAUCUUAACAGCAUCCAUGGAAGGAACCUUGAUGAGCUCUACCACAUUGUCUUCAUCUCUCAAUGAUGAGUUUCCCGAAAAUAGCCAAUUUCAGAUGGACCAAUUUGAUCCAUUCUCUCAGUCAUCUGAAUACAUAACUGAUCAUAUGAAGGAAGAUAUCGGCAUGAACAUUGAUCUCAACAAUCCUGAAUACGAUUUUUCGCAGUUUGUCGAGCCAUUUAGUCACAUCGAAGGCGAGAACAUUGGAGGAUAUAAUCAAGAUCUCCUAAUGUCUGAUGUCUCAUCAACAGGCGUUGAUGAAGAGAAUAUGAUGCGAGACAUAACCAGUUGGUCAAAUUAUCUUGUUGACCAUUCCGAUUUUACUUAUGACCUCCUCGUAUGA